ACAUGGUCCCUCUAUAUACUGUCAUUCCUGCAUAAGCUAUACAUGCAAGCCGAUCAUCGUGUUUUUUAGUUGUUCCGUUGAGGUUUGUCGAAAAAAAAAUGAGUGACUCUAAGGUUGUUCUAGUCACAGGUUGUGCCAGAGGCGGGAUCGGCUACGAGUACUGCAAAGCUUUUGCUGAGCACAAAUGCAAGGUCUUUGCAAGUGACAUCGCCCAACGCAUGGACGACAUUGACCUCAAGUCUUUGGAUAGUUAUGACAUUGACAAGCUCGAGCUCGAUGUGUCCUCGGAUCAAAGCGUGGAAUCGGCCGUCAACACUAUUAUAUCCAAGUGCGGUCGCAUCGAUGUAGUGAUCAACAAUGCCGGGAUUGGAAGCACCGGUCCUCUAGCUGAGCUUCCGCUAGAGACUAUUAGAAGGGCCUGGGAAAUUAACACGUUGGGACAAUUGAGGUUGGUCCAGCAAGUUGUGCCACACAUGGCGUCACGGCGCAGUGGCAGCAUUGUAAAUAUUGGGAGCAUAGUGGGCAAAGUGCCGACCCCUUGGGCAGGGUCAUAUUGUGCAAGCAAGGCAUAUGUUCAUGCCGUGUCAAACACUUUGAGGGUGGAACUGAAGCCAUUUGGGAUUGAUGUGGUGCUUGUAAUGCCUGGGGCGGUAAGGUCGAAUUUUGGGAGUGCUAAUGUUGGUAGAUUGGCGAAUCAUGAUUGGAAACUCUACAAGGAUUUCAAGGAGGCAAUUGCAGAGAGAGCUGCGGCUUCUCAAGGAGUUAAAGCAACUGAGGCUAGUGUGUUUGCUAAGCAUGUGGCACAGAAGGUUUUGGGUCCUAAACCACCAAGGGUAAUUAGUUUUGGUCACAUGACUGGUUUGUUUGCUGUGCUUUCUUGCUCUCCACUUUGGGUGAGAGAUCUUUUCCUUUCAACUCGUUUCAACUUAAACAAGAAGUUGUGAGCCUAAGGUUUUAUGUAAUAAUAGCUUUCAGGGCUUAAAACCGCCAUAGUUAUACGUAACUUUUUUGUUUUCCCAAGUCAGAACCUCAUGUAGACGGAUCAAUGCUCUUAAACAUUAAAAUUAUGUCAACGCUUCUCCAACAGUAGAUCAUAUACCAAUCCAUAUUUGCAGCAUUGCACAAAUAUCCUGGUCUCUUUCUUUCUAUGUCUCUCUCUCUCUCUCUCCACUCCUUCUUCUAAUAUUGUUAGUCGGUUCAUCAUAGAGCACAUGCACUUUGUUGAUGACCUGAGUUGGAGUUAAUCAAGAUGCACAAAAGGCCUGAUGAAAAACAAAAUCAAAGUGAACUGAGAUUGAAAGGCAAAGAGAAAAAAUUCGAGGAUGGGAAGGAAUUCCAUUAAAUCAAGAGCUCAUUGAACAUCGGAUCGAUGAAGUCAUGGAGCCAAGGAAAAAAAAAAUACAAGUAGAGUGCAAUGGCAUGUGAGUUGUACGUUAAAGGCGGAGGCAGCUAGUAAUAU